AUGCAAUACCUGCUACUUUGUGCUGCUAUCCUCCUACCUGAGAGUCUUGCUUUUCCAGCACUACUUAAACCAGAACCAUUCAGCAACACAGGCCUUGAGAUUGUAAAGGCAUAUCUUGAUAAAUUCUUCCCAAUUCUUUCAAAAACACCAAUCUUAAGCUUAGAAGAGAGGAUUAAAGAAAUGCAGAGGUUUUACCACCUGACCAUAACUGGAAAAUUAAAUGCAGAAACAGAACAAAUAAUGAAAAUGCCCAGAUGUGGACUUCCUGACAUAGCAGAUUACAGAAUAUUUCCUGGAACUCCAAGAUGGAAAAAAACACAUUUGACUUACAAGAUUGUCCAUUAUACAUCUGAUUUAUCCCAAAAGAAAGUAGAUUAUGCAAUUAGGAGGGCUUUUAUGGUAUGGAGUGAUGUGACUCCACUGCGGUUCGAAAGAGUAUUCAAGGGACAUGCAGACAUUGUGAUUGGAUUUGCACGUCGUG